AUGGUGCCGUUUUGGGACAUCGUCGGAAAAGCGGCCAACCUGUUCCAGCUAUUCGGAGUGGACGCCGUCACCCUAGUCGCCGUCGCCACGAGCUUGCUGAGGUUUCAUGAAAUGAACACGGAAUGCAGGAAGCUCGAGGAGCGCGUGCGGAUGCUCCGCCUGCUCCUGCACUCGCCAGGCGGCUACUGGGUCAUGCAGCACGUGGAGUUGGGGCAUCUGCUGACCAAUGCACUGAAGGAAGCCCACGAACUCGUGGAGUCCUACAAUGGGAGCACGCUGUUUGCGCGUCUCUGGGGAGGCAGGGGCAUGGCCAUGCGGUUGCGUGAUCUGCGAAGUAGCAUCCACUCCUACUGCAGCCUCAUCGUCUCCUUCAACGCCUUCAUCCUCGUCGUGGAGGCAGACCCUCCGUCGCUUGUUAUUAGGUGA